AGCUCGCACAAACGGCCGUUAGAGAGUUUUUUCAUUCAUACUCUCGUCUUGAACAUGGAGCAGCUAACAGUAACGACAAGAGUGCUCGUUUUUAUCUGUGUAGUAUUUCCCUGCCAUGGAGUCGAAAGGAUAAAAAACAGAGGACUGCGGCAGAAAGACGUUGAAUACGUGGACAAAUGCACUGAGGGACACACAGGCAAACUGAACUGCACCAGACACACAGCUGAGAGCCAGUCUACACAGUAUACCAUGUACUCCAGCUGUCUGCAGGGUCCGCAAGGCAUGACAGGCAGGGAUGGAAAUCCGGGAGUAAAUGGUAUCCCGGGUACGCCAGGUGUACCGGGACGAGACGGUGCCAAGGGGGAGAAAGGCGAAUGCGUGAGUGAGAUAUUUGAGGAACCCUGGAGACCCAACUAUAAACAGUGCGCCUGGAACUCACUCAACUACGGCAUCGACCUGGGCAAAAUCACAGAGUGCACGUUCACUAAGCUGCGUUCAGACAGCGCUCUCCGCGUGCUGUUCAGCGGCUCUCUCAGGCUCAAGUGCAAGACAGCCUGCUGUCAGCGCUGGUACUUCACCUUUAACGGAGCGGAAUGUUCCGGGCCACUGCCCAUAGAGUCCAUCAUCUAUCUGGACCAGGGCAGCCCAGAACUCAACUCCACCAUAAACAUACACCGGACCACCUCAGUGGAAGGCUUGUGUGAGGGCGUCCGAGCCGGAUUGGUCGACGUUGCUAUCUGGGUGGGGACCUGUGGUGACUAUCCCCGCGGCGACGCCUCAACCGGCUGGAAUUCUGUCUCCAGGAUGAUCAUUGAGGAACUGCCCAAAUGACUUCUGACCUCUUCUUCAGUCCCAUAAGGCAUAUCAAAAAUCUGCCCAUGCACCUCUGAAGUCAUGUUGUCAUUUUGUAAUCGGCAGCAGACCCACGUAAGGAACUCCAGGUCUCAGCUUUUUUUCACUCUAUGGAGAGAAUUCUUGAAAAUCACCCCAUGGUAAAGAAAAAGGUUCCAAAGUCGAUACAGUUUGCACACUUUUUUUUUCCUGAAUGUCACUGGAUCCUCUGAAUUAUGAGGUUGUUUAAGAGUCAAAGUACAAAUAUUGCUAAAUGCAAGCUAACAUGGCUGUGCUUUGACCUGACAUAAGACUGGCAAUUUCACCAAAAUACCCCAUGAAAACAAGAAAGCUUCAUCAAAUGCGGUGGUUAAGAUGCUUUGGCAGCAAGAGCUUAUCAUCUAAUUAGAUCCGUUACAUUAUAGAGUAUAAUAGAGUACAGCAUUACUUUCAAUGCACAGAAGUGUUAGCUUGCUUGUACUAUGUAUGCAGCAUUAUUCAUAUUUUGACUUUUUAAUUACCUUGUAAUUCAGUGGAUUUUACUUCAAAGUGUACACUCUGUUACCCACAGGGCACGAUAGCAGCGAUUUACAAAAGAUGCCAUUCAUUUUGCCCCACUGACAAGAAUGCCUAAACCUGGGGACUUACAUAGGCAUGAUGCGGACUACAGAAUCAGGUCUAUAGAUGUCUGUAGAAAGGGCUAAAACAAAUAGUACAUCAGCCACCAUUGCCGGACCAAAAUUAGUCAACCAAAUACAGUUACAAAGUUCAUAGCUAAGAGAUCUUUGGAAAGUUUUGGCAUUCCAGAAACUGUAGAUAUUCUUA